GAAACUUCUUAACGGUGCAAAAUGUUGUGGCAAAUAAUUUUGGCGCCCAAGCAAAACUAAAACCCUAGAGUAGGUACCAGAGUCUUUACUCUUUAAUAGUCUCCAAUUCCUUUUUACAACAUCAAUUAACCGGAAAACAUGUCAGGCUUGAGGUUAGUCACUGAAAGAACAGGUGAUGGCACCGGGCAGCCAUUCCUGGACACCAACAACGGCGAGGAACUCAUGCAGGUUCAACCUGGAACCACCAUAGUCCUCGGCAGCCGCCCACCUGAGUCCCCUGGCACUCUCUAUAUCACUACAAAGCAAGUGGUGUGGCUAAGUGAUACCGAUAGGAGUAAAGGUUAUGCAGUUGAUUUCUUGUCGGUUUCACUUCAUGCUGUCUCUAGAGACCCCGAGGCGUAUCCGCAUCCUUGUUUAUAUGCUCAGAUUGACAACGGAGUGGAGGAUGACGAGUCAGAAGGCUCCACUGAUGAGGGUGAUGUGUCAUCAGAUUUGUCAAGGAUCACUGAGUUGAGACUUGUUCCAUCAGAUCCUAAUCAAGUGGAUACUCUCUUCCAGAUCUUUUGUGAGUGUGCUGAGCUUAAUCCUGAACCAAUUGAAGAGGAGGAAGAAGAGCAUAAUUGGAUCUUCAGCGCAGAUCAGCUGGAAAAUCAGGAAGCUGGAGAAGAAGAAUCUGAGUGGAUGAUUUCUCAAAAUUCUACACAUACAAUUGGUCGUUCGAAUGGGGAUCACGACUUAGCUCAUAAUGUGCUUCAGCUGCAAAUUAAUGAUCAAAGGUUUGAAGACGCGGAGGAAAUGGAUAGUGACAGCAAAAAUGGUCAUCAUUAGGCGGUCAUCUUUCUUGGUUGGAGUACCUUCUUGGGUAUAACUAUAUCUGACAUGGAACGUUUGACAUGGAACGUUUGCUGUAUAUUGAAGUGUGUCAACCUCGCCUGCUUCUCACAUUUCAGAUCCUGUGGAGUUUGAAUUAUUAGAUCGUUUUGCAAAAUGAUUAGAUGAUAUUCAGGAAUUAGUAGUUAUGUCAUGUCACAACUAGCGAUCCAUGAGUAAUGCGAGAUGACAUAGCUCAGUUAUAGGCAGCUUCUCUUGGUUUUUUCCUUUAUGCUCUUGGUUCUUUUUAUAACCUGAGUUAUGAUGACCUUAAACUUCCGAUAUUUGCUUGUACUUUUGAAUCAAGUUAGUGUCAGUAUGUCGCCCAAAGAA